AUGUCUGAGUCAGGUGAUAAAAUCGUGCCCCUUCAUCACUUUGACGAUGGUCCUCUUUGGCGCGCGUUCAUCCUCUAUUCUUUAUUUGUCCUCGAUCACGUUCUCGAUGCCGAGAAGCUGCGAACAAGCCUAGAGCGCCUUAUCCGAAAGAAGGGAUGGCAAAAGUUAGGAGCGCGACUAAAACAAAAUAGAGACGGACGCCUCGAAUAUCACCUGCCGGCAUCCUUUACAUAUGAGCGUCACGCUCUCGCAUACUCGCAUGUGGAGUACGAAAUUGACGCCGCCGACCACCCCGUCGCUUCCCGCUUGCCUAGGCCUACUGCAGCGCCUGCUAUCGUUGGCGAUCCAGAUGACUUCUAUGCCCUCAUGCGACCCCCUGGAGGCCCCACGUCUCUCGCAGACUACAUCGACGUGGACAGACCUCAACUAGGGCUGCACAUCGUCUCGUUCAGCGACACUACCCUCGUUUCGCUGUACUGGCCUCACACCCUCUUCGACGCCAUGGGAAAGAAGGCGCUCCUUGAUGCAUGGACACUCAUGAUCCAAGGAAGAGAGGACGAAGUGGAAGCGCCUUAUGGCACUGAUUUCGAUCCUCUAGACACGCUAGGGACGGAUCCUGCACAGGCGCAUAGGCUCGAAGGCCAGAGGAUGGGACUAUUAGGUCUUCUGGGUUACGCGCUACGGCAGAUUCCUAGUUUCCUAGCUAAGCAGGAGAAUCGCAUGGUAUGUGUACCAGCAUCUUUCUUGAAAAAGCUGCGCGAAACAGCGAUUGCGGACCUCGCUGCUGCGCGAAAGGACGACCAAACCAAAGAAGAGCCUUUCCUGAGCGAGGGCGACGUCCUCUGCGCAUGGUGGACGCGCCUCGCCAUCGCGCACCUCCCACCGAGCUCAACACGCACCGUCGCUCUCUACAACGCGUACGAUAUCCGGAAAGCGCUGUGGCCAGACCUGCUCCCGCGAAAUGCGUCGUACGUCUCGAACGCCAUCGGCUUCAUCCACGUGCUGCUCCCCGCCCAAGACAUCGUCUCGAAGCCGCUCAGCCACGUAGCCUCGGCCAUCCGCAGUGCGAUCGACGAGCUGGGCGCCCGCCAACAGGUCGAAGCCUUCUUCGCGAUGCAGCGGGCGAGCCGGUGGGGGCUGCAGCCUUUCUUCGGCGAUAGUGGUAUGCAUAUGGUGACGUAUUCUAACUGGACUAAGGCGAGGCUGUUCGAGCUGGAUUUCUCUGCCGCGGUGGUGGGGGAGAAAGGUGUGGCUGCGGCAAGGGAUGGGAGUGUGGGGAGGCCGAGAUAUAUUCAGAAUAGCCAGUUUGGGCUUACGCUGCCGAAUGGGUAUCUGAUUAGUGGGAAGGAUGGUAGGGGGAACUAUUGGCUGUCUGGGUACAUGAAUAAGGGGCACUGGGGUCAGAUUGAAGAGCUGCUUGCUAGGGAGGAGUUUGGAGGUAUGUAG